AUGGAGCGCAAUGAUUGGUUUGCCGACAUCAUGAUCCAGGUUGCUUUCCUCUCAGAGUUGCCCAACCUCGCCACCAUCUCCUUUGAGGAAGGCUACACCCAACUGUUCGGAGACUCCAACCUCAUGCUUCACGGCGACGGCCGGACUGUCCACCUCUCCCUCGACCAGCAAAUAGGUGCUGCAUUUGUGUCGCAAGAUCUCUACCUCCAUGGAUUCUUUAGUGCCUCCAUUAAACUGCCCUCCGAUUACGUGGCUGGAGUGGUGGUUGCUUUCUAUCGCCUCCGCCGCAUCAAGGUCAGGGACAAAGGAUCCGCCGCAAAAUCUGGCGUCCGGAGGGGAAUCGCGUCUCGGAAUGUCUGCCGCAUCGCAGAUCAAGAGUCCCCCCUGCACCCGCCUCUUUAUCCCCUCAGGAGGUCGGAAUCGACCGGGAGCGAGAACCAUAACUCCCGAUCUAUCUCGUCGUCGUCGGAUAAGGAUGACCGUUGCUACACGACCAGGGGAUCGGCGGCGUUGGUAUGCGAGGGCGAGAAUGCCGACGAAAGAGCCUCGGCAGCCUCUCUACCUCGAUUCUUCGUUUCGCUGUCGAACAAGGAGAAGGAGGAGGACUUCAUGGUGAUGAAGGGGUGCAAGCUGCCGCAGCGACCCAAGAAGAGAUCCAAAUUCGUCCAAAAAUGCAUACUUUUGGUGAGUCCUGGAGCAUGGCUGUCAGAUCUCUCACAGGAGAGGUAUGUAGUCAGGGAGAAGAAGGGAUCAAGAAAGAGGAGAAGAGGAUUAAAGGCCAUGUCCAUGGAGAGUGAUUCAGAAUGAAGCAAAAGGGAGAGAUGCCCGAGUUGGGAAGCUUUUAGAACAAGUGAAAUGAGUUCAGGCUUGUAUCAAUCAGACUUUGAACAAUAUUUU